AUGGAUGAGUUCAGUGACUUAAACAGAUCAGCGGACGAAAAUGAGGAGUAUUCCACGGAGAGCGACUUGAAUGAGAAGGAAAAUGACGUGGAGAAGGAGGCGAUAAGUGACGUGGAGAAGGAGGUGAUAAGUGAAGUGGACAGGGAGGCGAUAAGUGAAGUGGACAGGGAGGCGAUAAGUGAAGUGGAUAGGGAGGCGAUAAGUGAAGUGGAUAGGGAGGCGAUAAGUGAAGUGGAUAGGGAGGCGAUAAGUGAAGUGGAUAGGGAGGUGAUAAGUGAAGUGGAGAAGGAAGCCGCAAGUGACGCAGAAAGGGAAUUGCUAUACGACGUCGAAGAAGAGGAAUUACACGACACAGAGGAGGAAGAAUUACAGGACGACGAAGAGGACAUCUUACAGAACGAUCACGGGGACAGCUUACACGACAAUGAAGAGAGUGCAUUAGGAAAUGACGAAGGGGACGACUUAGACGACGCCAAAAGCAGCAACGAAGGAGAUGCCGAGCAGGUUGCGCAGAACAGGGGUGUGAUGAACGACCAUGUCGUAAGCGAUGGUGUUUUCCAAAAUGGUGAUCAGCUGCAUGGUGAUCAGCUGCAUGGUGAUCAGCUGAAUGGUGAUCAGCUGAAUGGUGAUCAGCUGAAUGGUGAUUACGAAGGAGAUUCGUAUCCGCAUGAUGAAGACCAACCCCUGGAAGACCCAGAAGAAUCGAAUCACCUCUUUCAAGAUCCGCAAGAAAGUGGUUCCGGUGAAGACACAGAGAAAAAGGAGGAUGAUUACUCUCACACUCUGAAUGAACCUGCCCUUAACAAAGAACAAUUAAGUGAAAGCAACAACGAAACAAAUAACCCCCCCAGUAAUGGUGAGGGCAAAAAUGACCAGAUCAAUAAUGACCCCCCUAACCCCAUGGAUUCUAUCGAAUUUGACAAAAAAAAAUAUGAACACUUUUUAAUACACCCAUCGUAUCAGAAAAACAUGAAUUUAUUUGAAGGCAUUAAUAAAAAGCUUACCUUCCCUUCUUUGUCUCCUACAGAUGCUCCUAUUCCUGGAAAGGAGGAAGAAAACACCACCAUGUAUCAUUUCGACCCUGAAAAGUUCGGGUACAAAUAUAAUAAUGGCUUGAAUCCUUCUGAGGGCUACUUGCUGAUUUACCCUCAUGUGUCGCACAACUCGGUGCCCCCCAAAAUUAAGAAAAAAAAACUGCGCUGUUGUUAG